CCGUUUCCCCACACGCUCCCCGAACCCAAAAGUCGCUUUUUUUUGUUUUCGUUUUUCCUAGGCCUAGGCCUUUUCUCCUUUCUGCCCAGCAAUGUCGGGGGCGCCCGCCAGUGCUUGUCCCCCCACCCUGACCGACUGACCCACUCGCUCGGCUCACUUCCGGACCUUCCACUUCCCACUCCCGGCCCAAUGGAGGGCCCGCACGCGCUGCCGGAGCCACCGGACGCCGGCGUCCUCUUGGGGCGGUGCGGCCGCCACCCGGCCCAGCCCCUCGCCGGCGUCUGCUCCUCCUGCCUCAUGGAGCGCCUCUCCUCCGUCGGCAGCCCCGCCCACCCGGAGAUCGUCGAGGUCACCCGCGCCGCCCACCCCGACGCCGAGGGAUCCAGCUCCGGCGCCGCCGACCCGCAGGGCAAGCUGCGGAAGACGCUCAUGCUGCUCUUCCAGAUGGACGACUCCCACCACUCCCCCUCCACCACCACCGCCACCACCCACCCGCCCGAAUCCAAGAACCCGCAACCAUCUCACCCGGACCCAAGCGCGAGCCGGGGGGGCAAGUGGAAGGGCGGCGCCUGGCUCAGGUCCAUCCUGCCCAAGCGCGGGCCGCGGCGGCGCACCAAGGACGAGCCGUCCGCGGAGUGCCCGGCUUCGGCGGCGCCGGAUCCCGGCGCCGCAUCGCCGCCGCAGGUCGAGCGGAGGGCCAGCUUCCGCCGCUCCUGCGAGUGGAUGGUGUGCCGAGACCCGCCCAGCGCCAGCGCCAGCGCCAGCAGGGGGGACCCGCCGCGCCACUCGUGGGACGGCUCCAUGGUGGGCCGGGCCCUCGCCUGCUCCUUCGCGUGCCUGGACGAGCCGGCCGACGGGGUCACGCGCGUCAGGCACAGCAAUGCGGAGGAACCGUCAUCCGUUGCCGAGAACCCUGCCGGGGCUGCACAGAGCAGGAAUGUUGCGCAUUCGGCCGAUGCGGGACAGAGCUUCAGGGAGAGGAGCUGCAACGGGGACGCCGGUCCGGAGAUGUCGGUCUCCGGCGUGGUGCGGCGCAGGUCCAACAGGUGGAGCAGGGUGUGGGACCGCAGCAUCACCAGCCCGCUCAAGGAGUUCGUCAGGAAGGGGGAGCACGCCCUCGACCGCUCCCUCUCCGAGUCCAGGAAGGAAACCCGGAGGUGUAAAAAUGGUGACACAACAGCCAUCGACGGCGAGGUUGGCCGCAACGGGCUGGUCUCAGGCAGAGCGAGCCGAAACGUGACCCGAAGCUCGCAAGCCAACGGGGACGCGCAGAGUUUCCGCGCGAAUCGGCUCAACAGCAAGGAAUCCAAGAUCGGCAGGAGCAGGAGCGUGCACUACACUUCCCCCGGGAACUUCGACAACGGGAUGCUGCGGUUCUACCUGACGCCGAUGAGGAGCAACAGAACUGCAAACAGGGGGAGGAGGAGAAGCUCGCGCCUCUUCUCCAGAGGACUUUUUGGUUUCGUUUGAGCGGCUGGAAGCUGAAUACUAGGCAAUGCAAUGCCAUGACAUGCCAUGCGUUUUUAGAAGAUGGCAGCAGCACAGGCAACUUUUUUUUCCAGAAUCUUCUGCUUGGUUUCUUAGAAUUGGCGACUCUGUAAGUUAUAUCCAAAUACUGCUACAUUCUUUCUGUGGUACUACAUUGGCGAGCCUAGCUUAGAGUCAGGAAGAUUUAGUGGAAGUUGCAGAUUCGCUGCUCCGUUCUUUUAAGAUGUUGCUUAUAGAUGAAAUCUGGACAAAGAUGUGCAGAUUAGUACCAUAGUGUAAUUAUUAUUUACAUUUAUAAUAAUAUUUGUCCCAACUCUUCUGAGUAUGAACAAUCUGUCUCAGUUUAUAAGGACACAUACUGCUGUUAACUUGGAACAUGUUGCCGCCUCAUAAGCAUAUAGUAGCAUAUAUCUAUCUUUGGACAAGUUCACAAGCCAGAGAAUUUCCACCUGCUCUUUUGUAUCAUUAGGA